UCCUUUAAAAAAAAUCAUUCUCAACUUCCCUCUUUGUUCACAUUCAAUAUCAUACUUCUCUUCACAUGGAUCCUUCCAAUCCUUCCCAUAUUGCAAAAUUGUUCAUGGAUUAUAUGAAUGAUGACUUGGAUGAAGAACUUUUGAGGCUUGCACAAGAAGAGUUUGCGAGCUCAAGUAGGCCUAGAAGCCAAAGAAGGAAUAUAGAGAGGAAUCGCGAAGAAGGACAUGAGCGAUUAUUCAAUGAUUAUUUUUCAGAAACUCCAGUGUACACGGAUGAGCAGUUCCGUCUAAGGUAUCGAAUGCAUAAACAUGUCUUUCUUCGCUUAGUUGAAGCUCUUAGCCAAUAUGAUGAGUAUUUUCAGCUGAGGGUUGAUGCAACUGGUAGAUCAGGUAUUUCACCACUACAAAAAUGCACUGCUGUUAUUCGUAUGUUGGCAUAUGGAACAUCUGCUGAUAGUGUGGAUGACUAUUUGAGAAUUGGUGAAACUACAACACUAAAAUGUGUCGAUAAGUUUACAAGGGGUGUGAUCAGUGUAUUUGGGCCACAAUAUUUGCGAAAGCCAACGACUGAAGAUAUCGAACGCCUGUUGCAGAUGGGGGAGGCACGUGGUUUUCCAGGUAUGUUGGGUAGUAUUGAUUGUAUGCAUUGGGAAUGGAAAAAUUGUCCAGUCGCAAUGAAAGGGCAGUAUGUUCGAGGUGAUCAUGGUAAACCCACUGUUAUGCUUGAGGCAAUUGCUUCACAAGACCUAUGGAUUUGGCAUGCAUUCUUUGGGGUAGCUGGUUCAAACAACGAUAUCAACGUGUUGAACCAAUCUGAUGUCUUCAAUGAUGUUAUGCAAGGGCGAGCUCCAGAGGUUCGUUAUUCAAUAAAUCGUACUGAAUACAACAUGGGUUAUUAUUUAUCUGAUGGCAUUUAUCCUGAAUGGGCCACAUUUGUGAAAAGCAUCCCGAUGCCACAAGGAGAAAAGAGAAAAUUGUUUGCCCAACAUCAAGAAGGCGCUAGGAAGGAUAUCGAACGAGCAUUUGGAGUUCUCCAAUCCCGAUUUGCAAUCAUACGUAACCCGGCUCGAUCUUGGCAUCUGGAUUCUCUGAAGCGCAUAAUGGAUACGUGCAUCAUAUUACACAACAUGAUUGUUGAAGAUGAGCGUGCUACAUAUGGUGGCAAUUUUGAUUAUUCUUAUGAUCAUCUUGGCAAUGACCCAAUUGCACCAUCAGACAAUUCUAAUAUUGAUUUUCGCGAGUUCCUACGUAGAAGACACCAUGUUCAAGAUAAGCAAAUUCAUCGACACCUUCAACAAGAUUUAAUAGAACAUAUAUGGGAACGUUUUGGGCAUGAGAAUAACCGCAACUAAAAAUUAUUUUAAAAUUUAGUAUAUUUUUAGGUAGUAGUAGUUUAUUUCAACGUUUAAUAAU